CAAUGCCGGGUCGUAGUCUGAAGUGAGCAGCAGGGUUGGGUUCAGAAGCUGACAGUUACAGCAUGUUGUAACAGACCGAUCCGUCAAGCGCUCAGCUUGCGCAAGAUUUACCACCGCAUUCAGCCACCGCUCCGCAAAAUAGAUAGUUUUUGCAAACUUUCUCGGCCUUUGCACAGAAAUGUUGGACGUAUGCUGGCUGUGUGUGAUUCUCGCUGGGAGCGCGGUUUAUUUACUAACGCAGUUCAUACGCUUCAUUUUCGCAGACGCUGAUCUGACUGUACUGUGGGCGGCGAGGUUCGGCAAAAGACCAGAAUCCAAGUUUAGAGGCAAAGUGGUGUGGAUUACCGGAGCCUCGAGUGGCAUCGGGGAAGAGUUGUCCUAUCAGCUCGCGGCGCUCGGUGCUCGGCUAGUACUGUCUGCCCGCAGGGAGAAUGAGCUGGAGAGGGUAAAGCGCACAUGUUUAGAGCGCUUCUCUCUAAAGGAUGAGGAUAUUCUUGUCCUUCCACUUGAUUUGUUGGACCGUGGAUCACAUCAAGAAAAAACCGAAGCAGCUCUGAAGCACUUUGGUGAUAUAGAUGUGUUGAUAAACAACGGAGGCCGGACGCAGCGUUCGCUGUGCACCGAUGCUGAUGUGGAGGUGUACCAGGCACUUAUGGAGCUCAACUUCCUUGGCACCGUAUCUGUCACUAAGCAAGUGCUGCCCCACAUGAUCCGCCGUGGGAAUGGUAUCAUAGCCACCGUCAGCAGCGUUGCAGGCUUUGUAGGGGCGCCCCUGGCCACGGGCUAUGCUGCAAGCAAGCAUGCGGUGCAAGGGUUUUUUAACUCUCUGAGGACAGAACUCACUGAUUACCCGAACAUCACCAUAAGUACCAUCUGUCCCGGACCUGUAAUAUCAAGCAUUGUUCAGAAUGCGUUCACCGAGGAGCUAGGCAAGCCUGUGGCCACAGCUGGUGAUCAGACGCAUAAGAUGUCUACAGAGCGCUGUGUUCACCUCACACUGGUAGGUCUGGCCAACCGCGUGAAAGAGAUGUGGAUCGCCGAGCAGCCCUUUCUACUCUUCUGCUAUUUGUGGCAAUACGCUCCAACUCUGGCCUGGUACUUGACUAAUGUUCUGGGGAAAAUCCGUGUGCAGAACUUCAAAGCUGGACUGGAUGCAGACUCUGCAUAUUUCAGCAAGCCUAAGGUCAAGACAACUUGAACAUCUCAUUUCACUAAUUUGUGAAUUUCUUACCAGAAGUCACACAGACAUUCCUCUGUUAUUAAUUAAAUAUGAAAACACGGUUUGCUUGCUGUAUCCAUAGCAAGAAGACAUAUGGUAAGUUGUAUAAAAAAAAAAAAAAAGCACGGGCAGUUGAUUUGUUUUCUGUAUUAAAAUGUUGAAAAUUAGUUAUAAAUAGGAUUGAAUAUUCUAACAAUUUAAGUUUGUGUGAACAAAAAACAGUCAAGUAUUCAUAUAAAACAUUUGUAUUUCUUCUGUACAUACAAUUAAACAACCGUAUAAAGCCAA